GUGAAGCGGCUAUGUCAACAGAUACACGGCGUCGUCGGACCAUGAAACGUCCAGUCUUUUUAAGCGCAAUGCGCCGCUUUUAGGGCGUACAUGCCCCGCUCCCGAGGAUGAGAGGCAUCGCCCGCAACGUUUUGUUGUUUUCCUUUCUGCUGUUACUCGCCAAUAAGUCCGUAACGAGCGAGGGCGAUGACGUGGGGAACCGCGAGGCUCCUCCGGGUGACCCGCGGCAAACUGUGACCGGACACGCAAAGGGAGACGGGCCCGGUUCAGUCGACCAAAAGAAGGAUGGACAGUCCGACGGGAAGUCCAAUGGCACCGAGGCCUCCAGCAACGAGACCCUUCACUCUACGAAACCUGUGGUCAAGCCGACCACCCCGGCGCCCCCGACCGCCAAGCCCAUUCUGCCCGUGCAGACGGGCGUCGAGGCCCAGGAAGAAGAGCAGUCCAGCGGGCUGACCAUAUUCUUCAGCCUGCUGGUUAUCGGUAUCUGCAUCAUAUUGGUGCACCUGCUUAUCAAGUUCAAGCUUCAUUUUCUCCCAGAGAGCGUGGCUGUGGUGUCUCUCGGGAUUCUAAUGGGAGGCUUCAUUAAGAUCAUUGAGUUCCAGGAACUGGCCAACUGGAAGGAGGAGGAGAUGUUCCGACCCAACAUGUUCUUCCUCUUGCUGCUGCCGCCCAUCAUCUUUGAAUCUGGAUACUCUCUACACAAGGGGAACUUCUUCCAGAACAUCGGCUCCAUCACUCUCUUCGCCGUGAUCGGCACGGCCAUCUCGGCCUUCAUCGUGGGCGGGGGCAUCUACUUCCUGGGUCAGGCCGAUGUGAUCUACAAGAUGUCCAUGACCGAUAGCUUCGCCUUCGGCUCUCUGAUCUCGGCCGUGGACCCCGUGGCCACCAUCGCCAUCUUCAACGCCCUCAACGUGGACCCGGUCCUCAACAUGCUGGUGUUCGGCGAGAGCAUCCUCAACGACGCCGUCUCCAUCGUCCUCACCAACACGGCGGAGGGGUUUUCCCGCUCGGACAACUCGGCGACCGGCUGGCAGACGUUCGUCCAGGCGCUGGCUUAUUUCCUCAAAAUGUUUUUUGGUUCGGCCGCCCUGGGAACCCUCACCGGACUCAUCUCCGCUCUCUUUCUGAAACACUUUGAUCUGAGGAAGACGCCGUCGCUGGAGUUUGGCAUGAUGAUUAUCUUUGCGUAUCUUCCUUACGGCCUGGCGGAGGGCCUCAAGCUGUCUGGAAUAAUGUCCAUCCUGUUUGCGGGCAUCGUGAUGUCUCACUACACGCAUCACAACUUGUCUCCGGUCACUCAGAUCCUCAUGCAGCAGACGCUGCGCACCAUGGCCUUCAUGUGUGAGACCUGUGUGUUUGCCUUCCUUGGUCUCUCCAUCUUCAGCUUCCCUCACAAGUUUGAACUCUCCUUCGUCAUCUGGUGCAUCGUCCUGGUGCUUCUCGGCCGAGCCGUGAACAUCUUCCCACUGACAGUCCUGCUGAACGUCUUCAGGGACCAUAAGAUCACGCCCAAGAUGAUGUUCAUCAUGUGGUUCAGUGGCCUGCGAGGCGCCAUCCCCUACGCGCUGAGCCUCCACUUGGGCCUGGAGCCCAUCGAGAAGCGCCAGCUGAUCGGCACCACCACCAUCAUCAUCGUCCUCUUCACCAUCCUGCUCAUGGGGGGCGGGACCAUGCCGCUCAUCCGCCUCAUGGACAUUGAGGAGAGCCAAUCGCGGCGCAAGAGCAAGAAGGACAUCACCCUCAGCAAGACGGAGAAAAUGGGUAACACCAUUGAGUCGGAGCACCUGUCGGAGCUGACGGAGGAGGAGUACGAGGCUCAUAUCUUCCAGAGACGAGACCUGAAGGGCUUCAUGUGGCUGGACGCCAAAUACCUGAACCCCUUCUUCACCCGCCGGCUCACCCAGGAGGACUUGCUGCACGGACGGAUCCAGAUGAAGACUCUGACCAACAAGUGGUACGAGGAAGUUCGCCACGGACCCUCCGGCUCCGAGGACGACGACGACGAGGCCGAGCUCCUGUGAGGCGACAAAGCGCCCUCAGCCCGGGAGGGGAGACAGUGUGUGUGUGUGUGUGUGUGCGUGUGUGUGUGUGUGUGCGUGUGUGUGUGUGCGCGUGUGCGCGUAACGUGUCAAAGGGCUCCAUUCGUUAAGUGGAGUCGCACUUUCUGUGAAGUGGGUUCCCUCAGUGACGCGUGGACCUUCUCCAGGUGUUUCCUUCACGUUCCAUGUGAAGCAAAACUGCCGCUGCACUUUCUAACGUCUCCGUGGUUCUUCUGAAGCUUUUACUUUGCGUCACCAGAAGGCCAAUUUUUAUUACGUUUUUUUUAACGUGGGAUUCGUCGCGUUUCUGCUCGGAAUUCGCUUUCCAGAGAUUUAAUCCUCUCUGCUUCCAUAUUUGCACGUGUGCAUCCACACGUAUGUAAUGGUGAUUACACGUGAGGCGCUCCCCGCGGGGGGGGCGAGGCAUGCAGGUAAUCUUAAUGAGGAACAGGAAGCUUACGGGAGAAUAAUCAAACCUCCAGGAUGCGGUUUUAUUUCCCUGAAAUGAGCUCGUCUGCGUUUUAUUUUCCGUCUCGGCGUCUCCGUGACGCUGAGCUCGAAAUGUGAUUUCCUUCAUUUCUUUCUUCACUUCACUAAUGAAGAUGAGCAGCGAUGAAUGUCUGGGGAAUGUUGAUCUAUUUAUUGAAGUGUUUGUGGGAUAAAAUGAUUUUUUUUAUAAGCUUCCAAUGCCGCUGAAUUAAAACGGGGUGUCGAGUCUAAUAAAACACGACUAAUUAAAUGUUUUA